UUGCUUCUUUAGCAGGGUCUACCUAAAAUAGUUUUUGUUCUGCCGCUGGUGGAUUUCGGCAUCCAAAAUUCUGGUGCGCAAAAGAAAAAGAAAAAAAGUGCCCGAGUCGAAGUUUGUGAUUCAGAGACCCAAAGCCCAUCGAGUCUGAGAUCGAUGGCUUUAAAUCCAUUUUCUGUUCGAUAUCUCGAUCCCUUAUCUAUCUCAAGUUCGCCCACAUGACAGCUCUGUUUCUUCUCUUAGGCGUGCGUAAAAGGGCUGGGUUUCAAGAGCCAAACAUGCGUCCGUACUGAUCUAAAACUCUGACAGCUCCUGACCCCGCGGCCGCUGCGCGUCUGGCGUACUGCGAUUAGGAAGAAAAAUGAUGUCACGCGAAGCCACAAGGGGACCUGGGAUUUACCAAAUACCUUUCAGUUGAGCAGGAGUCCUGCCAAGUAAGGAACAACCUCCUCCUCCUCCUCUCUUCCUCUUCCAGCGGCGACAAGUGCAGAGAAUCGACGGAAGAGAAUUGAGCAAAUUAUCUCCUUCUCUGCGCUCCUUCCUGGACGGUAACGAUCGACGAGGUCUCGGCUCUCCGCACGCCGUCAUCGAGCGAUCCACGGCCGCCCUGACUGUCGUCAAUAAGCGGGGGGGACGGGGCCGGCAUCGGGAGGGGGGGUUCCUCGGCAGAUGAUGCCCUUUCCUGCGGGCCGGUGAGGAGCAGCUCCGACCCCCGGCUUCCCUCCAGCAGCUUCUUGUUGCUGUUGUCGCGGCGCGUUUGAUGCGGAGGUGAUGGACGGUCCUCUCCGCCGCCCAGCGGGGAUCCUCGGCUCCCCCCCGGCUUCUGGGAGCCAGCCCGCGGGCUCCGACAUGCUCACCUCCGGCGGCAGCAGCAGCAAGCCUCUCGCUUUCUCCAUCGACCGGAUUAUGGCCAGGACGCCCGAGCCCAAGUCGAUACCGCUCCCCAGCUGGUUCCAGCCCUCUCCCGUGGGGAAACCCGACGUCUGUCCGUCCUCGCUGCACUGUAUGAUCCCGCUGGUGCCGCUCGGGUAUGAGCCGGGCCACCGGCUUAGCAUCACCGGGCUGGAUCCGGGCCACUUCGAUGCGUCUUCUGUCUCCGCUCCCGCAGAGUUUUUGGGCUUUGGGUUGAACUAUAAGAACCAGCAGGAGGACUCCGCUGUGAGCCAGACCGCUGGCCAGUACAAACUCUUCAGACCCCGAGUGGUGAACCAGUCCUCCUUCCCCACCAUGGGCACCGUGUGUUACCUGAACUGCAGCGGGGACGGCGGUGCGUGUCCCCCGCCGGCCGGCCUGGUCAACCUGCACCCGAUGGCCUCGUACCUGCUCACCGCCCGACACAAAGCCUUCAUGGCGGAGAAAAGCAAGCCGGGCCUCCAGCAGGCCGGGGACCGGUACCCGGUGUCCGGCGUGCAGGCCUUCAAGGAGCUGUCUCAGAGCCAGAUCCAGCACUACAUGAAGGAGCGGGACCAGAUCCUCACCGACAAGAUCUUCAAGGGCUCCGCGGCGGCCGCGGCGGCGGCGGCCCGGCUGAACGGCUCGUGUCCCGGCAGCAAGCCCAAAGUUUUCACCUGCGAGGUCUGCGGCAAGGUGUUUAACGCGCACUACAACCUGACCCGUCACAUGCCCGUUCACACCGGCGCCAGGCCCUUCGUCUGCAAGGUGUGUGGGAAAGGCUUCCGGCAGGCGAGCACGCUGUGCCGGCACAAAAUCAUCCACACUCAGGAAAAACCGCACAAGUGCAAUCAAUGCGGGAAGGCCUUCAACCGCAGCUCCACCCUCAACACGCACACGCGCAUCCACGCGGGAUACAAACCAUUCGUGUGCGAGUUUUGCGGGAAAGGAUUUCAUCAGAAAGGAAACUACAAGAACCACAAGCUGACGCACAGCGGGGAGAAGCAGUUCAAGUGCUCCAUCUGCAGCAAGGCGUUCCACCAGGUGUACAACCUCACCUUCCACAUGCACACACACAACGACAAGAAGCCCUUCACCUGCCCCACCUGCGGCAAGGGCUUCUGCAGGAACUUUGACCUGAAGAAACACAUCAGGAAGCUGCAUGACCCCGCCGGCCCCCAUUCGCCGCCGCAGGCCUGAACAAGGACUUUUGACUUUUCUGAGCCCAUAGAAAGGAUCAAAGAAAAAAACAGAAUCAAAUCAAAACAGCAGAGGCUGAGAUAUCUCGAGUUUUAGUCCCAACUCUUUUUAAGCCUCAACAGAUCCUACACUUCCCACAAUGCAAUUGAACUGAGUCUUUUGACUGGACUUAGACCAGUGACUUUCAGACUUGUAGGUUUUUCUGCUGUAAAUGUAUGGUCUCCAUGCCAAGGUGAGAUAACCCUGAUGACAUCACUGUGACAUCAUCAGGGUUAUUUUCUACUCUACGCAGACGGCAGUCACAAAGACGUGUUUUCGCAGGCUGAGGACGGUGACUAAUAAACUCAUUUUUGUGUGUAGAAUUGGCCCCUUUAUAAAUUUAAACCCCUUUGACUGACACAGAAGUUAACCAGUUGUGUCCUUUAGGGGCCCUUCUGAAAUGACCUUCAUAGAGUUAAACUUGGGUUUAUCUCAGACAAAAGUUGACACUGGUGAAGCUUCAAAAGGACACGUUUUUAUAUGAAACCUUUAAAAUCCAGCAGUAAUUUGUCACAUUACAUCAAAAUCUGAUUCAUAUUUACUUCAGCUGAGAGUCAGUUAAGCUCAAGUAAAAUAUUUUGUAUGAGCUUCGUGUAUGUUUUGGUCUGUCAUUAUCUAAACACAGAGUUCUACGGGUGACAGACGUUACAUUUGUACAAAUUUCCCUGAAUGCAACCCAGAAGAAACACAUGAGGGGACCCCGUCCUCAACUCCUCUAGUCGCCUCUCAGGCCUGUUGACCCCAGACUUGACCCUUCCCAUUGAACUUGACCCUACAAAAGCCAUCCGGAUGCCUCCUAACCCCAUCAGGCUCCACAGUGGACCUCCUCCAACCUGACCCCGAGCCCUGAACCUCUGAUCCCUCUGGCCCUGACGCCGGCGUGGAAAGUGACUGGAGAAAACGUCCAACUCUUGUUGAACUGAGGAUACUUCAUAGAGGACGAACUGAACUUUCCUGCCCUCUGAUUAUUACUCAAUUAUAUUAUGACGGUGGCUAAUUGUUAUAUUAUUAGUCAUCGUGAUUAUUUAGUUUUCGUUAUUUUUCAGUUGCAUCUCAGGAUGUGAGAUUGAUGAACCCUGAGGCCAGAGAUGCUGAAGAGAUG